AUGCAACCGUUGAAAAUUGUACGAUGUGAGUGGAGAGGUAAAGUGUAUCGGACUAUAUUAGUCGUUGAUCAAUCGAAUUAUAUCAUUGAAAUUAAAUUUUGGGGUGACACCUCGACUCUACCAGACAAACUCGAAAUAAACGUGUUACUUGGAGCAUUCAAAGUACGAUCAUUAAACUUUUUUGAAUAUAAAUCGACUUAUGAAAUAAGUGAGAUUAAUGAAGAAACAGACAAAUUGAUUUCAAAGUUAAAAGGGUGUAAAAGAGAAGAUGGAAACUACGAAUUUGACAAACCCAAUUUCACGAAUUUGAAUAAGAUUUUUGAAGUAACACAAUUUCCUCGUUAUUCGAUACAAGAAAUGACAAAAAACAUUCAUUUAACAAAUCAAGACGUUUACGGGUAUGUUACCGCUUUCUUCAUAUUAUUUAGAAAAGAAGUAUGCUAUUAUUAUGGGUGUCCAACAUGUAAAAUAAGUGUUGAAAAAACUGCACACAAAUGUAACCAUUGUAACCGUGAUAAAAUAAAUCCUAUUAAAUAUUUUAAACUUAUCGCUACAAUUCAAGACAGUUCAAAUCAACAAGAAAGUGUCAUUUUAUUUGAUGAUGUGUUGGAUGAUUUAUUUGGAAAAACUACUGAUAAAAUGGUGGCAAUGCAAACCAAUGAUACUGACAAAUUUUAUAAUUGUUUAAAAGCAAAAACUUGUGUGUUAUUUAAAAUGGAUUUAAAAGGAAAACAAAAAUUGUAUGAAAACUCGUAUAGAACGGCGUUCAUACUGUGUGGUAUAAGUGAAGUGAAAGAAGCAAACAAUUCACUUCAAAAGAAAUUGAAUACUUGA